AUGACUUGUUUGACAAGCAGGUACUCAAACGGAUGGGGAGUCAAGCAGGCAAGCAGUCCACACGAUCGUCUUGUUGUCAUCACUUGGCCUGAAUUAGACGCACUUGUUGGAAUUCUUCGUCUUGAAAUGAGAUUAGAUGACAUGCUGAGUACUUGGCGCGGAAUGGCGUCCGUCGCCGCGUGGCUGCCGUUCGCCCGCGCGGCCGCCAUUGGAUGGAUUCCGGUCGCACGGCAGCCCAUGCCGCAAGCACCAUUGGCUCUACAGUGGCGCUUUUAUGAUAUGUCGACGAGAGCAGCUGACAUUCGCCUCAAGGCUUGCAAACGAAAAUAUGCAGCAUCUCAGGGACAAGAAGCGACAUGUGUGUUCUAUCGAGCGCACAUUAUGACAAUUACAGCAGUUGAGGAACGGAAAGAUGGGUGGACGGACGGAGGAACGGAUCAGGCAGAUAGUCGGCACAAUGAGGUCGAGGAGGAAUUCGACUAUUUGAAACAUAAUCCUUUAAAACGAUGCCGGAUCUUCUCUACUCCAUAA